AUGCCUCUCCGCGCCAAAGUGACAAACCCAGCUUUCAAAGCUGCCACAAUGUCAACUUCCACGAACCUUCCCAAAGAGCUGCCCGGCGAUGAGCCCGACGAUGUUUUGUUCAAUUCUUUGUACGGCGUGCGCUUGGUCGAGCUUAAUCGCCCUAAGAAGCUCAAUUCCCUGAACGGUUCGAUGGCUCGGAAGAUCCUCCCUCGGCUGAAGGAGUGGGAAAAAUCCCAGCUGGCAAAUGUUGUCAUGGUUGCCGGCGCAGGCUCAAAGGCACUCUGCGCUGGCGGAGACGUUGCAGCCCUCGCUCUGCAGAACGAACAGGGCCCCGAGGGACAGCAGAAAUCGACCGACUUCUUCGGUCUGGAAUACCAGCUCGACCACACCAUCGCAACCUACUCCAAGCCCUUCAUCUCCGUCAUGGACGGCAUCACCAUGGGAGGUGGUGUCGGCCUCAGUGUUCAUGCCCCCUUCCGUAUCGCAACCGAACGUACUGUCUUCGCCAUGCCUGAGACCACCAUCGGAUUCUUCCCGGAUGUUGGCGGCUCUUUCUUCCUGCCCCGUCUUGACGGCCAAAUCGGAACCUACCUCGCCCUCACCUCGGAGCGUCUGACCGGCGUCCAGGCUCUCUAUGCCGGUAUUGCCACACACUACUUCCACUCCAGCGUGCUGAGCAACCUCACCAACCGUCUGGCUGAGCUGGUCUUCCAGGAUCAGGCUACCCCCAAAGAGCGUAUGGACUUGGUCAACAACACCAUGGCUGAAUUCUCCACCGGUCUGCCAUCGCUCACGGAGGAGCCAAUGCUUCUUGCUGGCGGCCUGCGCAGCGCCAUUGACCGAUGCUUCAAGUACAACACCGUGGAAGAAAUCUUCCAGGCGCUGGAGAAGGAGACAGAGCAGAAGGAAUGGGCCCAGAAGACCUUGGAGACGCUAUCCGUUCGCUCCCCUACCUCGCUCAGGGUCACCCUGCGCCAGAUGCGUCUGGGUAAGAAGUGGUCCAUCUCCGAGACCUUCCAGCGCGAGCAUCACAUUGCUGGCAAGUUCAUGAAGCACCCGGAUUUCGUCGAGGGUGUCAAGGCCCGUCUCAUGUCGAAGCCUCCCCGCCAGGCCUCCUGGCAGCCUGCUACCCUCCAGGAAGUCUCUCAGGCGGAUGUUGAUGCUUUCUUUGAGAUCCCCGAGGAGGAGUCUCGCCUGCCGCUCCUGAGUGAGACCACUUACGGUGAAUAUCCUCAUGCCCACUACGGCCUUCCCACAGAGAAAGACAUUGCGAAGUUUGUGCGCGACAGCACGGAGACCCAGCAACAGACGGUUAACGACUUCGUUCAGAAAUGGGGCAACAAGGAGGGUGUCCGGGAGAAGGUUGCGGAAGUGUUGGCCAGACGGACUGUUCAGACUCCCGAGGGCCUGCGUUGGGAAUAG